UGUACCAUUACAGCCCAGCUGCUCAGAGAGAAAUCACCUAACCCAGCCUCAGAGUCAGCCUGCUGUCCUGUGGCCACGGCGGGGCGCCUUGGACACCUGUGAGGCUCUGCCGAGACCCCUCUGUGAGCUCCCUCCACUUGGACUGCCACACCCACUCCCUGCCAACGACAGCCCAGGGUAGGACACCGUCCCAGCCUUCAGGAGACAGAGGAGAGUGGGUGGAAAGGAAGGUAAAUGGGGGCCCGGCAGUCCAGGGCGCAGUCCAAGGACAAGGGCCCCAAGGGGAUGGUGCUCCUGCGGGGCAGGCAGAAAUUCUCCCCGUGGGAUGACACUCUGCUCUUGGGAAAGGACCCACGCUCUCUGCUGAAGCGGGGCAUGCGCCACGUCAGCUUCAGCCUGGUCACCAAGGGCAUGACAGAUGUCCCUGACUUUCUGUGGGGCUUGUCUGAGGUCCAGAAACUCAACCUUUCUCACAACCAGCUCAGGGUUCUGCCCCCUGAAGUGGGGAGGCUGAGUCGGCUGGUGGUCCUGAACCUGUGUGGGAACCGUCUGAAGAGCCUGCCCCGAGAAAUCAGCCUCCUUAGGAGCCUGAAGGUCCUGUUUGUCAACAUGAACUGCCUGACGGAGCUACCGGCUGAGCUGGGAGCCUGCAAGAGUCUGGAGGUCCUGAGCCUGUCGCACAACCGUCUCUCCCAGCUUCCCGCCAGCGUGGCUGACCUCUCCCGACUGCGGAAGCUGAACCUUAGCAACAACUACUUUGCUCACAUCCCCAUCUGUGUAUUCUCACUGAAGGAACUGGAUUUCCUGCACAUGGGCUCCAAUCGCCUGGAAAACAUCGCUGAGAGCAUCCAGUGCCUGGCCAGUCUGCAGAUCUUCAUCGCAGAGAACAACAAUAUCCACUGCUUCCCGAGGUCACUCUGCCUGCUCUCAAACCUGGAGCUGCUGAACUUGAACAACAAUGACAUCCAGACCCUCCCGAAUGAGCUCUACCUGCUGUGUAGACUGGUGAAGAUCGCUUGGAAUCCCAUGGACAAAGGGCUCCACAUUUCCCACAACCCUUUAUCCAAGCCUCUGCCGGAGCUAGUGGAGGGGGGCCUGGAGAUGCUGUCCAGCUACCUGAAGGACAAAAAGCAUAGCUGAGUGCACACCUGGGACACUCAGUGGGACUCUGUCAGAGGGGUACUUCUCUAGCCUAGACUUUCUCUGCUUACUUUUUAUGUUGGUCAAUGCCUGUGCUAGUAUUUGCCAAAUUGUAUUGAACACCUGCUCUAGGGAGGUGUUUGCUUUUAGCUCUAUGUGUUCCUGAGAGCCGCGUUAUGUUAUGUUCGUCUCAUUUAAACAUAAAUUGAAACAGGGCUUUGGUUUUCUCC